CUCCACCACUUCUCAUCACAGCCUUCCAACUUUGUUCUACGUAUCUUGCAACAAACCCUAGCCCUAGUUCCCUUUAUUCUAAUUUCUUAUUUCUACACCUCAUUUUAUUUUCUCAAUGGAAGAAUUAAGCGGCAACACCAACAACAAGAAGCGGGUCAGGGAUGAUACCGCUGUGUCCGAGCUGGACUCCCCUGAGGUGAAGAGGCUUAGAGAUGAUUUAUUAUCGGGGUUUCUUGACGAGUCGGGUCCCGACCCGGCCACUCAAGACCUUGACUCAGUAAUGAAGAGCUUUCAAGAAGAAAUUGCAGCUCUUUCUAAUUCGCCGGUCGAAGUUGUGGAUCUGACGUCAUCAGAUUCCGGCGAGUCCCAGCCGAAUCUUGGGUACCUUCUAGAAGCUUCCGAUGAUGAGCUCGGAUUGCCCCCUUCUAGUACUGUUUCAUGUGAAGAGGCUAAAACUGAUGAAGUUACUGAGUUGGUGCGAGUUUCGUCUGGGUCGUCUGGAAUCGGCGAGUUGUGGGCGUUUGAGGACCACAUCACGAGUUAUGACUCGUUCGAACUGGGAAUCAGUGACAUUAAUAAUACCGGUGAGUAUGUGGGGUUCGACGACGGGUUGUUUGAGUAUUCAAAUGUGUACUUCGAUUCGUCCGAGUAUUCCGAUUUCUCGUGGAGACACGAGACUUUACCGGCAGAGUAGAAUUUAAAAAAAA